GGUCCAAUAACCCAAUUGGGUUGAUAACCCAUACAAAUUCGUGAAUACUUGUUGUCCAUCUCCAAGGGAAAAAGAAACUAUCUUUUUAAAAAAAUAAAAAAUUAUCACAGCAAAACGACAGUCUGCAAGGGCUAGUAGUUCGUCGUUGCAACUUGCGAGCAGCAGCGUUAUUCCCUUCCUGCUCCGGCAACGGCUCCAGCUCCGGCUCCGAACCAAAAUCCGAAGAUGCCCGUCAGAUGGAUUCUUCACUGGCAACCGAAUCAAGGAGUGAUAGUGAACAGCCAUAUAUUCAAUGAAAUAUCACAAUGUGUUGAGAGCAUGAAUGGCGUCAAAGAUGGAAGAUGGAAAGCUACCAUCACUUUCUACAGACCCAAUUUACGAGACCAAUCUUUGAGUGCUGAUUUCCCCCGCGAUUUUCUAGGGAUUUCACUCAUGGAUCAACCUAACAAAUACUACUUCAUCAUUCGUGGUAAUAAGAUUGUUCUUGAAGCUGAUUCUUCUAUUUUGACUAUCAUGGAGAAACUUCAGUCCUACAAAUCUAAAGUCGCUCUUAAUUUUGAGGGUGUGCAGUAUAAACUAGGUGACUUUCAGAUGAAGAUCAUUAAAGUUGCUCCAAAUCAAGCUGAAAAUCUGAGAGGCAUUUUAAUGGAGAUUGAGUAUCUCCCUAUUUCUUCAGUUGAAAAAGCCAGGCCAAUUAUGGAAGAGUUCAUUGAUAUAUGGCGAGAAGUGCUGUCUAAAAAAUCAGUACCCGGUCAGUUCAUGCUCGCAGAAGCAGAUUUUGCAGAAUAUGGGCUCUCUGACAAUUACUCUUGGCAACACACUGCUGUUCAGUAUGCCACUACAUUGGCCCAACUAAUUGCAACAGUGCAGCAGUUAAGGAAUUAGUUAGGACCACUGAAGGUUUUCCCUUCCGUAGAUGUUCUUCUGAUUCUUUUUCCCCAAGAAUGUAAAACAAUGAGACUUGUAACACACUUAUACCAUUUGAUAUGUUUUAGUUACUACUUAGUAGUGUUUCAUAUGACAUUAUAUAGAUUGGAUGCA